AUGGGGAAGAAGGACUUGAUUAAGUGCUUGUCUAGAAGGAAGUUAUAUAAUUAUGAUGGUAGUGGUGAUAGCAAUGGUGGUGGUAGUGGUAAUCAUGGUAGCAGUGAUAGUAAUAAAGGUAGCAUGAAAGUUAGUGGCUGUAGUGAUAGUGAUGGCAAUGGUUGUAGUGUUGACAAUGGUGACAGUGGAGGUUGUAUCUGCAGUGGUAAUAGUGGCACUGUUGACAAUGGUAGUAUUUGUGGUAGUAGUGUUGGCAGUGGUGUUAGUGUGACAGUAGUGUUGGCAAUGUUAGUAGUGGCAGUAAUGGUAGUAUUGACAGUGGUAUUAGAAGUUCUGACAGUGAUGGGAUUGCAAUGA